AUGACUCAAGAUCCGCAGGUAUAUUUGGAUAUUUCUAUUGACAAUAAACCAAUUGGCCGUAUUGUUUGCAGACUUCUUCGUGAGAACGCUCCGAAAACGACUGAGAAUUUUUAUAGGCUAUGUGCAGGUGAUGUUAAGAGUCCCUUGAAGGAUCAACAGUUCCUGAGCUAUAAGGGAAAUGGCUUUCAUAGGGUUGUUAAGAACUUUAUGAUUCAAGCAGGCGACAUUGUCUUUGGGACGCAAAAGGAUUCCUCUCCAUCAUCAAUUGGAAAAGGUGGUUGUUCAAUUUACGCUAAUAAAGAAGAGGUGAAAGCCGAUAAUGAAUCUUUCUGUUACGGGAAUUUUGAAGAUGAAAAUUUGGGAGAGUUUAUAGAACCCUUCACCUUAGGGAUGGCAAAUUUAGGUUCCCCAAAUACGAACAAUUCUCAGUUUUUCAUUACCACAUACGCUGCACCUCAUUUGAAUGGCAAACAUUCUAUUUUUGGACAGGUGAUCCAUGGAAAAUCCGUGGUUCGCACUGUAGAAAACUGUAGUGUAGAUUCUGAUGGUGUUCCCAAGUCUGACGUUAGAAUCAGCAACUGUGGAGUGUGGGAAAAAGACAUGGGUGUCCCGCUUUACAACGCUUCUAAUGACCAAAUUGGAGGCGACGUAUACGAAGAAUAUCCCGAUGAUGAUACGCAUUUUGGUGAGGAUGAUUUUGCUAAGGCUCUUGAAGCUGCCAAUAUAAUCAAAGAAUCUGGGACACUCUUAUUUAAGAAGAAGGAUUACUUGAAUGCCUUUUUCAAAUAUAGAAAAUCUCUAAAUUAUAUCAAUGAAUACAUGCCUGAACCCGAUGUAGAUAAAGAAAGGAACGACCAGUUUACCGACUUAAAGAUGAAAGUUUAUCUAAAUUUGUCUUUGGUCCUCUUUAACCUGGAAAGAUACGAUGAUUCAAUCAUAUAUGCUACGUAUUUAUUGGAGAUGGACAGCGUUUCGGACAGAGAUCAAGCAAAAGCUUACUACAGAAGAGGUAACAGCUACUUAAAAAAAAAGAGGCUGGAUGAAGCUUUGCAGGAUUACAAAUUUUGUAAAGAAAAAAAUCCCGAUGACAAAGUUAUAGAACAAAGGAUAGAAUAUGUUGGUAAUCUAAUAGAAGAGAAGAAGGAGAAGACAAGAAAGAAUAUUUCAAAGUUUUUCUCCUAA